AUGGAUAGUAGAAAUUCAAUAACACUUCCUCCGUCUAGUCAAUAGAGUUUAAAUAAGCUAGCACUAUAAGAUUCCAAAGAUUUAAAUAAAAGAUAAAAUAAAAGAUCUAUAUCUGGAUCAUAAAACGCAAGUCUUGGAUCAAUAAGUUUUUUUUAAUCUGAAUAUGAUGCAAUAAAUAAAUAAAAAAGUCAUAAAUCAAUCAAAAGAAUUUCUCAAAUAACGAAAAUAACAGAAGUAAAUGACAGCGGUGAAUUUGCUGGUACAUUUGGAAACUCUAGCGUGUUUGAAAACACAAAAAGCUCUAAGGGCAGACAGAAAAGCUUUGACUAUAAAAAUUUCAAUAAAGUAUUUUAAGAUGAUUUAUCUUACUUAAUUAGAUAUGCAGUUUCUUCAAAUGCUUAAAAAUAUAGUUUAUCUCCUCAUAAAAUGCAAGAAAUGAAAGAUGAAGCAUAAGGGAAAAAAAUAGAAAAAAAACCAUAGUAAAAUGAAAAGAAAAAGAAAUAAAGUAAUUUUAUAGAUAGAAAUUACAACAAGUACUUUUAAAGUUAACAAAAAAUAUAUGAUAAAAAUCGUGAAAUAAAAAAACAAAUGAAAGAAGAUGCUGAAAAUAACUAUGAAAAAGUAGAUCCAGCUGUAUGGAAAACUUCAUUGGCUAUUAUGAAAUACUAAGUGGCUAAGGACACAUACUAAAUAGAAAAUUCUCAAAGGUAAAAAAUGAAUGAGUAUUCUCUCAUGGAAUUUAAAACUGCUGAGCAAAAAUAUCACGAAUAAAAUAAACUUAAUGAAGAUUAAAAAUUAAAAGAUAGGAAAAGAAAAGGACCUUAGUCUAGGACAGUGAGCGUCAAGGUUCAAAUAAAUGACUCUCAACCAGAAGAAGGAUACAAAAAAUAAGUAUUCAAAAGUGAUGAUUAGGUAGAAAAAGAUGUGAGGCGUCUGGCAGCUAUUACUUAAAGAAACGAUGAAAAAGAAAAUAGAAAGAUAAAUAACUAUUUUAUGAGGAUUUAGAGGAGACUUUAAAUGCUUUAUAGAAUGCAACCAAGCUUAGAAAAAGAAAAAUAUAGAAAUACAUUAAUGUCUGAAAUUAGAGACAAUGAGAAGCUAUUUUAAAAUAUAAAUGAUUAAAUUAUUGGAAAAUAUGAAGAUUUUUUAGUUGAAAAAAUAAUUGAUGAUAUUUUAAUAGAAAAUGUUAUGGUCUUGUAAUAUAUUGAGUAAAAAUAAAAAAUGACUAAAAAGUAAUUGAGAUAAGCUACUUUAAUAGAAUUUAAAUAGUGUUUUAUCGAGUAUUUUGAUGAUGCCUAAAAUGCUGCUUUGAAUUUAGUCUAUGCAGGUAAGCCUGUCCCUAAAAAAGUAGUGCACUAUGACCAUGUUUUGAUAGAAAUUGGCUAUGGGCUCUUACUGUCAGCUGUAGAUAAUAAAAAUAAGUACAACACAUACAGAUCUCAUUUAGAUUAUUCUGAUAAAAAUAACGUUGCUCUUCUAAACCUAAUUGCUAGGGAUAUAGCUCUUGAAUUGGUAGAUGAAGUUGCAGAAACAUUUGAUUAAUUCUCAUAAGAGUUCACUAACUAAAUUUUUGUUUAGGAGUUUUAAUGA